AUGAACGACCUUGACAUGACUUCGCGCCCCAGUGACCCAGCCAACUCGGUCACAAAUGAGGUCGAGGACCAGCAUGACCAAGAGAGCAGUCACAUCUCGUCUCCAAUUGACGAACUACGUCGUCUGUGUUUCCAUGGCCAGCCUGAAUAUGUUCUCCUUUAUGAGGACCACCUACUGCGUCACACCCCAACUGACGCUAUACGCCAAUUGGGCAGAGGUUGCGCUCCAGGUUUGCGAGUCCAAUUUCAACUUGCGAUCGGCCCAUACGUUGCCAAUCAGAUCACCCUUGCAUUCGUGAUCCGACAGGAUGGUCAGGAAUUCCGACUUGCAACGGUUGGCAUUCCCUUGAGCAACGCCAAAUUGACCAGCAAGUUGUUUGACACUAGAACGACCAUUGAUCUCUUGGACAACAUGCUGCGGAACACUUCACAGGAAUCAAAUUCCUCUACAGAAUUUCCCGAAUCGUCGAACAAUAGUGAACUUCCUGAUGAACACUUUCUGGAGCACACCAGUCCGGGAGUGGUCCAUCUGCAAUUGACAACCACUCAAAUCGGUCACGCCAUUCGCAAGUCUUCUGAUCUGUGGCAAUCAGAAUGUCUUUCAGACACUCAAAACGCAAUCAUGCAAACGAUCAAUGACCUCAUCGAUCGCGUCGAGAAGAAAUCAUCCCAUGUUACAUGGUCAUUCCUCCUGCCUGCACCAAGUCACUGGCCAGAUCAUUGGGAAUUCGAGUUCAAUAUGAAAGACGACUCUUGCAACCCUUUUUCGGUUUUCCUUGGUGGUGCCCAAAACAUCACGCAACUUGAUCACACUACUGUUGAUGUUGAUAGCGCCGACCGACCUCUGAAACCUGUUGGCCCUUGUUUCACAUUCACUGACGUCCAUCAUUACGUUACCACACACAUUGUCUCCUUGUUCGAUGCCAUAGCUAUGGAAAACAUUCUCUCCCGAAUGCGCAAUGACAUCACAUUUCACACUUGCAUUAUCCCCUUUCCCAAUAGCUUAUGGUCACCAGCACCUGACGACUUCACUCGUUACGGCGUUACAGCAGACAACGAACCUAUCUCCUUCCUGGUCGUUCACAAACCAACAAAGCAUUCUCACCUCCUUAUGCCUAAUGUAGACGAGCGCGUCACAUUGUACUUGGACGUUCGCCAAGACUUGCAUAAGUCCCCUGACGUUGACCGAACGCCGGCUACAAUCAAGCGCAUUGCAGAGUUUAUUUACGGACAAUGCUGUGCGUUUGCCAGACAUUCUCAAGUGCGUGUGGCUCAAUUGAGACAAGAGCAUAUGAACAGCAGUGCUAAACACAGGAGCACUAAUGUUUAUGAUGACUCUGGUAAAGCUGAACCAAUAGCAGAGGAAGAUCUCCUUGAAGAUUUUGAUGAGGGUGAAGCUCUUGACUUAGCCUUCACACAAAAAGUCGUCCCUUUUCUUGUUGAUUAUAUCGGAUGCGAUUCUAUUCCUGCUAAUAUCCUUUCACGUUAUCCUGAAGCCUCCAAUGAGGAACUGCGAAAGUACACGGCAGAUGUUCUCGCCCUUGACUUUUACCCUCGGAGUGAUGCUCCCAUUUUUAUGGAACGCAUCUAUCAGUGGGUAAAAAAUCAGAGAUCGCCUCCAAAUCUUGUUCCUAAAUCCGACGUUGGAUUCCCAUUUCACGGCAGGCGAAUCUCACAACCGUUUGGAGUCUCUACAAGUGCCGUCUUCUUCAAAGUUGAUCGGCCCAAACAACCCAAAUGGCCGGGUUCCUUUGAAGCGCCCUACAUCAAGAUACAUCUCAAAGAUCACCCAGCAGUCGUCUCCUUCAAAGGCAACACUGAUGAAACGCUGGCGCUUACCUAUAAUGUUGAAACUGAACAUCUCAUUCGUACGAUUGUUCAAGUGGCACAACGAAACACGACGGAACGUGUUGCAAUUCGUGCCAUCAGCGAUUGUGCUGGUCUCGCUUCUAAAUCUCCCACUUAUGCCCUCUUCCAACACUUUUUCGCAUUCCAACAAUUCCCUCGAGAGCACAUGCGCGAUCUGUUCGAAUGCUUCCCUGGUGUUGCACGCACUUACGAAGCACGCCGGUUCUCUCAAGAUCUUACACCUCAACUAGAGAACAUUCGUCAAUCUCGCGCUGGCGUCGUCUUCUUGAUCGGAUACGCUGGCACCGGAAAGACGAACGCAUGUUGUCAAAUCCUCGUUGCAGCGCAAGACGGAGGUUACAUUCCUGACGCCGGAUGGCACAAUGAAUGGAACUCGGACAGAACUCUAUCCCCCAUUACCAUGCUCCCACCCUUAGACCCAGCAGUCCAGCAUGAACUGGAUCAAUUGGACGUCGUCCCUACCCUGCGCCCACGGGAGACAACGGCGUCUAAGACCUCUGCCUGCGUGAAGAUCUCCGGGAACGUGGCGGUGGCAUUCGACCCUCCUAAAGGAUUUAGACCUUACCAAGUCGAGGAUAUAUCCCGCCAAAAAGAGAUCUCAAAUGCCGUUUUGUUCAUUGCCGCACAGAACAACCAGGCAGAUGAUGCAUUGGCACGACUGUCAGCGCCUCCUUUUAGUCGCGAUACUCUCCGCGCAUACUCAUACUCCCUGGAAUUAGACAACAUUUUUCGCACAGAACCUGUCCCGCCAAAUUGUCUACCCCAACCAGCCUCCCUGUCUCCCUCAAGUCUCAAGUUAUUCUCAACGUCAGUUAACGCUAAGGAAAAUUCCCGUCAUCAAAAACGCGGUCCUGCUACAGACCCACGCUCCUGGUCCAAUCUUGCUGUCGCCUUCGCCCAGAAAGAUCCAGAAAAAUGGUCUGCUAUCCUGGAAGCUCGAGCGGUCCGCAACGAAGAUGUCAUCGCCUGGCAAAUGAAGAAAACAGGAGCUAUGGCCGAAGCUCGCAAACUCUUGGAUGUUGUGCUCAAACGUCAUCAGGUCAUUCUUGUCACAGCUGUUGUUGCCGCCGAAAUUGCUAAUCAUCACCCCACCUGGUCACCCAUCCUUGUCCUGGUUGAUGAAGCUGGACGUAUUCCCGAAGGACUUGCACUUGUACCCUUGACCAAAUGGCCCGGCAUUCCCUGCAUUUUCAGUGGUGAUCCUCAUCAGUUCCCCCCUGUUGAUCCCACACAACAUCAAGAUUUUGCCUUCGAGCAAGAUGACGAUUUUUUUGAAUUCCGACCAUUUUUCAAUCAAGUCGGCACUAGUCUCCUUCAGCGAGUUGAUGCCAUGGGGUCGAUGGACCUUCUCCUCUACAGGAACCACCACUCUGAAGGCACUUGCAUUGAUUUUGUCGCCCAGCGCCUUUUCCCUGGAAAAAUGACAGUCGUCAAGCGAAGCGGAUCGGAACAAGCGGAUCGCGCACUGCAAUGGUGGCGACAGUAUUUGCCUAACACCACCUCGACACAAAUCCUUAUUGAUUUGAAAAGCAAGGAGCAAAUGAAAGGCAAAUCGUUUGUGAACCCAACAGAAGCUGAAUUCGCUGCUCACCUUGCAGUAUAUAUGAUCAACUCCCUCAAGCUUCCUCGCUACGAAGAUUUAGUGAACAACGCCUCUACAAACGUUCCGCUAUCCUUCGAGUAUCUCACACUGACAAGACAUGUUUUAAAUGCCUCUGCUUCGGACAUGUGUCUAAAGAUUGUCCUUUCAAACCCGUCUGCAAUAUGUGCCUUCAAAAACGCGGCCACCGCUACGCUUGCCAUGGCGCCCAUGACUGCAAGCACGCUUCGGCGCAUCGUCACACACCCCAGAGCGACGUCCUGA